AUGUGUUUGACCUCUCAAACAAGCAAACAGAGGCUGAAAGCGUCAGCAUGUUUGUCACAGACGCUGUUCCUCCUGAGAAAAGACACGAACACUGCAAUUAACUCCACUAAUGACCACCAAACACACUGGCUUCAGCGCAAAGCAUUCUGGCCGCGGCUGGACAGACUCUUCCCAGACCUCGGCACGCCUCGAGCUCACGGCUUCAGCGGCAAACGGGUGUUUUUUCUCAGCAGUCGUGUUCAUCCCGGUGAGACGCCGUCUAGUUUUGUUUUUAACGGCUUCCUGAACUUCAUCUUGAGUCCGGACGAUCCUCGCGCUCAGACGCUCCGCAGGAUGUUCGUCUUCAAACUCAUUCCCAUGCUGAACCCCGACGGGGUCGUCAGGGGUCACUACAGGACGGACUCGCGCGGUGUGAAUCUGAACAGACAGUAUUUGAACCCGAGUCCAGAUCUGCAUCCGUCCAUCUACGGAGCCAAAUCUCUGCUGCUCUACCAUCACAUACACAAUCGCCUCGGCAACAGCACACCCUCCGCCCUCAAAUCCUCCAACCAAUCAAACACCACCCCUCCUGUGACCACGCCCACCGAGCUAGAGCACUGUCUCAACCUGCGCAAUGAGGCAGAGCAAGGGGACGGACCGACCCUUGACCUCUCUGAGAUCCCCAUGCAGCUGGAGGAGAGCUGGGAGAAGGGCGGAGUCGAGAGGGAGGCGGGGCCCUGUGAUGAGAAUGAAACCACGCCCAGCAGAGCCGAAGCACCAGGUGUGACAAACCCCGCCCCCUCUGAGCAGAUCCCGCCCCAGGAGAGCGGCGUGGCCUAUUAUAUAGACCUGCACGGACACGCCUCCAAGAGAGGAUGCUUCAUGUACGGCAACAACCUGCCGGACGAGAGUCAGCAGGUGGAGAACAUGUUGUAUCCGAAGCUGAUCUCGUUAAACUGUGCUCACUUUGAUUUCCUGGGCUGUAAUUUCUCUGAGAAGAACAUGUACGCUCGAGACAAACGUGACGGUCAGUCGAAGGAGGGCAGCGGGCGAGUGGCCAUUCACAAAGCCAUCGGCCUGAUCCACAGCUACACACUGGAGUGCAACUACAACACGGGCCGCUCGGUGAACAGCAUCCCCCCCGCCUGUCACGAUAACGGCCGAGCCACGCCCCCCCCGCCGCCCAGCUUCCCGCCCAAAUACACGCCGCAGGUGUACGAGCAGGUGGGGCGCGCGGUGGCCAUCGCAGCGCUGGACAUGCAGGAGUGUAACCCGUGGCCACGGCUGGUUCUGUCUGAACACAGCAGUCUGAUGAACCUGCGCGCCUCCAUCCUCAAACACGUGAGGAACAGCAAGGGCCUCGCCUCCAACCACCGCAGGAACACCACCAAGUCCAGCAGCCCGCCCAAACCUGCAAGUCUGAGCAUGUCUGCCUCGGAGAACUCCCUGAUCCGGACGCGCAGUAACAGCAGCGUUCCCGGGAGCCGGCAGACGUCUCCUCAGCUCAAGAGUUCUCCCAGCUUCACCUUCGGCUGCAGCACGUCUGGCCCUGCAUCACAGCGGCCCUCACACCGGAGCCUGGGGCCCGUCAGAGAGUCUAAAGCUCAGGAGAAGAGGCGUCCACAUCAUCAGCACCAGCGGCUCUCCCUGCGGCAGCAGCCGGCCCCCACACGUCCCCCCCCCUCGCCCUCCUCCUCCUCGUCUUCCUCCCCGUCCUCCUCGUCCUCGGGGGCCCCGGGCCCCUGCUCCAUCAGUAUGGCAGGCAACAGCAGCCCUGAGUUCCACCCGGCCGGACAGACGUGUGGUGGGCGGGGCAAGCCCUUCAGAGGCCCCGCCCCCUCCCCGCCCCCCCAGCAGAGGAAGGCGCUGCUGUCACAGGAGCCGCUGCGGGAGUCUCUGGACAUCCUGGCAUCUGUGGAGUACAGCAGAUGUGAGCUGCAGCCUCGGCCCAGCCGUAUCCCGGUCGGGUCCCAGACGCCCAGCCUCAGAGUGUGGAAGCUCAUCACACCCGGCAUCAAGAAACACCUGGCAGGAGUGUCUGGGAAAGACACGAAAGGUUCUUCUGUGUGUCUGAAGACCUCGUCCUGUAGCGGUCAGAGCUCUGGAGACUCACACACACACAGAUCUCUGCAGACCUGAGGAACUCUGGAUCUGUUCACCUGCACACACACACACACACACACACACACACACUCGUGUUAGAGGAACAGUUCAGCCAAAAUAUCCUCCCCUCAGUUCAUCUGAGAUCAGGUUGAGUUUGUGUCUUCAUCAGGUUUGGAGAAAUGUAGCACUGCAUCAGUGUCUCAUCAGUGGAUGCUCUGCAGUGAAUGGGUGCCGUCAGAAUGAGAGUCCAAACAGCUGAUGAAAACAUCACAAUAAUCCACAGCAUGAGACAUUUCUCCAAACCUGAUGAAGACGCACACUCCUCCUGAUCUCAGAUGAACUGAGGGAGGAUAUUUUCAGCGAAUCUUCAUGUUUGUCUGAGCUGGUCUGAGUGAAGCCUCGGUGUUCAUCAGCACAAGAGCAGAGCGGCGUGGAGUUUACCGUCUACAGACUCGUCAUGAGCAUCGUACAGCUACACUACAGACCAAACAAACCCUCGCAAACCUGUGGCUCCAGUGGCUUUCCUAACUUGAAGAUGUUUAUUCUGAACAGGUUUGCGGUGACUAACGAGUCUGAAUCCUCUGUUCAUGUAAAAAGCAAUAAAUGUACAUGUGUAUUCCUGGAAGAAA